AUGCCUAGAAAAUAUGGAUUUGAAUACGGAAAGGGCGUAAUCUUAGCUAAGAAGUUGGCUGAGUUUGUGUCUUACAUGGGACACGAGGUGAGACAGAUAGAGAGCAAGCCAUCUGAGCCAUGUCGCACUGCAUUAAUUUUUGUAGUGUUAACAAAUCAUCUCUGCCAUAUACUAGACUAUGCGUCUCAGAAUGUGGAGCUUCCUAGUUGGAACAAGUGUGAAGAGAACAACAGGGUGGUCAGGGGAGAGUGGGGGCAGCAUCUACUAUUACUGAAGGCCAUUGGUGCUUUGGGUCCUGAACUUACAGAAAUUGUUUCACAUAUUAUGGAGAAACAAAAGAAACCUCUGGACUUAUUAAUUCUGAAGUCUGCUAGAAGUGAUGGGCACAAAUGGAUUCUUGUGAAGUGCAACCACUUGAUUUCUUUAGAAUCAAGGCUACAUCUGACAUUCAUGCUGCUUCCUGGGCUGGGAACUCAAUACAAUCCUCUGAAUCCGGAUGGAAUAGUAAUCGACAGGGAUCGUUUGCUCGAAGAUUCUUUCACACAAGUAGCUCAUCUUAAUGUUCAACAAUUGCUGUCUGCUUGUACAGAGGACCUUCGCAGAGUUUUUCCAAGCCCAACAUCAAAUAGCACAGCGCAGCUUCACCGUUUCAAAUUCUUUGGAAGGUUAAUUGUCUUAGCAUUUAUGCACAAUGUGCAAGUUGGUAUCGUAUUCGAUCGCACAUUUUUCCUGCAACUGUCUGGAAAGCCUGUUUCUUGGGAAGAUGUUAGAGACGCUGAUCCAAAGGUUUACAAGAUCUGCAAGGAAAUUCUAGAAGCGGACGCUGAAGGAGUGGAAAAAAUGUUCUUGACAUUUACCUACGGUUUGCGCAGGCCAGGAUCUACUGCUACUGAAAUUUCUGAUCUCAGUCCAGUAGGAGCGGACAAAGAUGUCAAUAUCCAGAAUCGACAAGAAUACGUUGAUCUCUACAUACAACAUCCUUUUGUGAACUUGGUCUCAGCUCAAAUUGAGGCCUUCAAAAUGGAUUUUCAGAAAUACUUGCUCAUCAGAAGGUGGCCAGAUCAGCAACGAAGGAAUCUCCUCUACUUCUGGACAUCAGUGAGAUACCUACCGGCUGGAGGUUUUGGUGCACUAAAGUCUAAAUUGCAGAUUGUCAAAAGAGUAACCCCCGGAUAUCCUACAUCGGCUACAUGCUUCUACAGGUUAAACCUGCAAGGUUCUGAAUCUGAAGAUCUGAUUGAAAAGCAACUUGAAGAUAUCAGCUCAGAUCUCAUUGCAUCAGGCAGGUUUUAUAAUAGGUGA